GUACGGCUUGCAGAGCAGCGGCGGGAGUGGGGGAGAUGAUAAGGACGGCGGCGGCGUCUCCGCCGCCGGCGUCCGCCGUGCGGGCGCGCGGGGGCGGCGGCGCGGCGGGCUCUUCGCCCGCACGCCUCUUCGCGGGGUCCCGGAGCAGCGUCGCGGCGUCGAUUGGGAGGAGGAGGAGGAGGAGGCGCGCCAUCUCGUGCUGCUCGUCGCAGGACGGAGAUGGGCCGCGCCCCGCCGCGGCGCCUUCCGACGGGUCGAUUCAGCUCUACUCCCAGAUCGAGAGGGUGAUCACGGAGGCGGCGAGGCAGUCCCGGGAGGGCUGGGGUUCGACCGGAGAUUGGACCGAAGUCGAGGGAGCAUAUAGUGGAGCAUGGGUGCUGAGACCCAAGUCCUCGGCGCCCUCGUUCGCUGUCCACUUCGUCGGAGGGAUUUUUGUCGGAGCCGCGCCUCAGAUCACGUACCGCUUUUUCCUCGAGCGGCUCGCGGACAGGGGAGCUUUGGUGAUUGCUACGCCAUAUGCGAGUGGCUUCGAUCAUUUCUUCAUUGCUGAUGAAGUUCAGUUUAAGUUUGACAGGUGCUUGAGAAACUUGAAUGAGCCUGUAAAUGAUCUCCCAACUUUUGGUGUUGGACAUUCCUUGGGAUCUGUUAUCCACAUGCUGAUUGGAUCAAGAUAUGCUGUGCAGCGAAGUGGAAAUGUAUUGAUGUCAUUUAACAACAAGGAGGCAAGCUCUGCCAUCCCACUAUUUUCACCAGUAAUUGUUCCCAUGGCACAGAGUUUUGGUCCAAUAUUGUCCCAGCUGACAUCAUAUCCAACAGUCCGUUUUGGGGCAGAAGCAGCCAUUAAGCAGAUUGAGAAUCUAAGCCCUCCUGUUGUUAAGCAACUUCUACCUUUACUUCAACAACUUCCUCCGUUGUAUAUGAACUUAGUAAAAGGGCGGGAGGACUUCAUUCCAAAACCAGAAGAGACACGACGCCUGAUAAAGUCCUACUAUGGAGUUUCUCGGAACCUCUUAAUAAAGUUCAAAGAUGAUCAAAUUGAUGAAACCUCUAUCCUUGCACAAGUACUAAGCUCUGAAGCAGCCAUUAGUUCAUUGCUUGAUAUGUCGAUUCGAUCACUUCCUGGGGAUCAUGGUCUGCCAUUACAGCAGGUGCUUCCUGAUGUUCCACCAGCAAUGGCUGAUGCAGUGAACCGCGGAGGUGAACUUCUGGCAAAUCUGACUGCAGGCACACCGUGGGAGGCUGUUGCUAAGGAGGUUGGUACCACUUUGGGUACUGACUCGGGCAUUCUACGGGCACAGAUCUCAAAGGAUGUUGAGACACUUGCUGAUGUAAUUGCUUCAUGGAUAUCUUCAAAUUCUGGUCCUAGACUACUUCGUCCAUGAUCACUUAUUUUGCGUACAGAAAUGUCAAUAGCACGGAAGAGCAUCAAGUUUUUAUUGAUAAACUGUAAAAGGACAGACCCAGUGCUGGUAGCUCCCACGUGAGUGGGGUCUGGGGAAGGAAUAACCGAGGCAAGUCUUUCCCCUGCAUGCAGAGAGGCUGACUCGAACCCAAGACCUUUUGGCUCAGUGGGGUGAGUAAUAAAAAUUAGAUUGGACUUCAGUGCGAUAUGUUAGUAGUACUUUAGAUCCAUGUUGUGGUUCAAAAAAAAUGAAGAUGUUGUGUAUUUAGAUGGAGUAUUUUUUUUAACUUAGUUAUUUUUGUAGAAUGAAACUUUAUAAGAAAUAGAAUAAGGUGAUAGCUUCUUGCUAUGGUAAAACUGCUCACUUGUACACAAAGGGGUACUGCAAUUCAACAAGGAUCUGAUUGGAACUAGGAACAGUCCUUCAACAGCCGGAUGACACGGGUAGAAGGUCGGUCGAUGGUAUGGGCAAGAUUCAGCAACUGCUGAAGCCAACUUGACCUGACGAGGCCUUGGUGUCUGAACGCCUAGCCUCACAGCAUGUGACCUAAUCACAGUGAUUGGCUACGGGUGCCUUAGGAGUUAGGCUGAUCUUUGAAACACAAAUGUUUGCUUCUAUCAUGUUUUUUUUAUUCAAGUGAUCCUUUUGUAGCAACGGGAAGUGUAUGCUUCUGUACUGAAGGUACACUGGUUGAGUUGGAUAUACUGUUGUCCGUCUUAUUAUUUUUUUA